GUAAACAACAAUCAAUAAACAUUACAUUAGCCUAAAAAAUAAAAAAAAAUAAAAAAACUUGAUAUUUUGUUUACAGGAUGAAGAGAUUUGUGGUUCUUCCUCUACUUUUGGUUCUAAUUGCUUUCAUUAGUUGUGGCGCGUCUAUGGCUCAAACUUAUUUUGAUUCGUUACCAAGCUUGGAUGAAGCUGGAGCUGGAGAUGCACCGUCUGAGUCUCCGACUGCAGCACCUCACGCUGGAGUCAUGUACUUAGAGAACGUAGAGGAACCACCAUGUAUGCAGACUAAUGGUGAAUGUAUUGAUGAAAAAUGCAAUAAUGAUUGCCAGAAAAAUCAUGCUCAAGAUGGAAGAUGUAUGGUUAUUCCUGAUAAAAAUUUGUGCUGUUGUGGUAUCUGAUAGUACAAGACUAUGUCAAUUUACAAAUGCAUGAAUAAGUAAUCAUAUUAAGGAAGAGAUUUUCAUAAUGUUUUCGCUUUUUAUUAAUAAUAAUUCAAAACUUAGUAUUAAAUCUUACAUUUCUGAACGAAGAAAAGUGUAUUCUUUAAAAUUGUAGUUGUAUUAUUCUAACUUUGUAGCUCUCUAUGUAUUGUAGUUUUCUCAUAAUCUCAUCUUUGUUGUGAGAUUGUAUUACAAGUAAAUGUGAACUAUGUAAUUGUCCAA